AUGAAAGCCCCAACACCCAGAGUCAUUUUCGUCCGCCACGGCCAGACAGAAUGGUCCAAAUCGGGCCAGCACACCUCCGUCACCGACAUCGACCUCACGCCGUUCGGAGUCAAGCAGAUGGAGAGAACCGGACAUCAGUUGAUCGGACAUGAAAACUACCAGAUGAUCAAGCCAGAGAGCUUGAAGUUGGUGAUUUCGUCGCCCCGCUUGCGGGCCCAGCACACCGUCAAGCUUUUGCUUCAAGGGUUGUCGGAAAAACAGAGAGAAGCCGUUUCUGUUGAUGUCGACGAGAACAUCAGAGAAUGGGAGUACGGUGACUACGAGGGCUUGCUUACCAGGGAGAUCCACGCUUUGCGUCACGAAAGGGGUCUUGAUAAGGACUUGGCGCCCGGCGACAAAUGGAACAUCUGGCGUGACGGCUGUGAAAACGGUGAGGACUACCUUCAGGUUACUGAGAGAGUCGAUAAGGUGAUUGGGAAGAUCCGGGACGUCCACAGAAAAGCGCUUGACAACCAGGAGGCGUGUGACGUUUUGGUGGUGGGCCACGGCCACAUUUUGCGUUGUUUUGCCGCCCGCUGGGUCAACCAGCCCAUCAACACCAACCCCAACUACAUGUUGGAUGCCGGCGGAGUGGGUGUUUUGAGCUACCAGCACCACAACAUCGACGAGCCUGCGUUGUACUUGGCAGGCGCCUUCACGGUGCCCGUGGAGGAGGAGGGAGCCGACCUUUAG